AAACAUGGCGGAAAGAGUCAUUGUAGAAAAUUAUUGUUGCCGUGUUUAACAGUUCAUUAAAACUAGUUGUACUACGAAAUCCGUCGACAUCAGCUACUUGAAAAUUCUUCUGUUGUCGUAAUGGAUCCUUCAGAAGUGGAAUUUCUAGCCGAAAAGGAAAAAAUAUCCAUUCAAACUAACUUCUCUGAGGACAAGAUUUAUUUGAUCGGGGGAGACAUUGGACCAUUUAAUGCGUCUCUGCCUACGGAAGUACCCCUGUGGAUUGCGAUAUUUUUGAAACAGAGAAGAAAAUGCAGAAUACUGCCUCCCGAUUGGAUGGAUGUUGAAAGGUUGCAGGAACUUAAGGAAAAAGAGAAAGAGGCAGAUUUCUUUACCAAAAUGCCUUCUAAACACUACAUGGAAGUAGCUUCUCUUCUCCUCAACAGUGCUUCAGAUGAUAUUCCUCAUGCAGAUGAAGUUCGCACAUUAAUUAAAGACAUCUGGGACUUGAGAAUUGCCAAGCUUAGAAAGUCUAUUGACAUUAUGGUCAGCCAGCAGGAAGUUUAUGCCAGAUUGGAUGAUUUGUCAUUGAUGGAAAUAAACGUGAUUCGCCCAUUCCUGACACAAGCUCUGGAUCAUAUGCACAACUUGAGGUGUCAUGUUGCAGAAAAUCCAAGUAACACUUAACAGAAGGUUGUGAAAAGAUUGUGAUUGUGACAUAACAGAAGGUUGUGAAUUCAAUGCAAUGCACUUCAGGUGUCUUUAUGUCUGUUUACACAACCACUAGAAUUUAGUAAUAGCACUCUUCUUGCUACACUAGAGUUGAAAUAGUACAAGUAGGUCUGGUUUUCCUGAAAAUAAAAGCAGAAAUCUGUAAGUAAGCUUGUAAAUACACUAAGAUGCUGAUCUUGAGAUGCUGUCAGUCUGGAAUGUGACACUUCAAGCUACAACAGUUACUUAUAUAGUUGCCAUGGCAAGUGAGAAUAAAUGUUUGGUGAUUAAAUUUGCAGUUUAAGUGUAAUCUGGAAAAAGUGUCUUGACGAAAAUGUAAUUAAUAGCUACCAUGUGUCUUUCUUAAGGCUGUAUUCUCUUUGGUGAGUGACUUUUGAAAAGCAAUAUUUCACUUUUCUGGGGACUCUGUGGGUAAAUUAUAUCAAACUGAUCAAAUGGCCAAAACACAAAGUGAUCAGAAAAAAAUGAGUCACUUCCUAAGAAAAUUAAACUUUGCGGUAGAUUUUGUCACUUAAAUUGUUCAGCUAACAAAUGAGGAAGGUUAGACUACAAACUGCUUGAAGCUUGGGAAAAUGCAAUUACCAAACUU